AGGGAGCGAAGGAGGAGGAAGAGGCUGCUGGCAGCACUUGGCGGAGGAGCGGACCGCCGCAGCCGAGCUCCGAUGGGCGAACUCGAGGCGGAAGAUAAGCUUGGGCCCGGUACGCAGACCCCGCUGGGUAGGGCCCGGAGCUCCGCUCAACAUCACAGUGGCACCGGGCGAAGGCGCCGGGCUGUGCGCGCCUUCAGCAAACUGGCUCGGCGUCUCCUGCAAACUUUGCGGGGGGCGCGGCGGCGGCGGGAAGGCGCUGAGGCGGAAGACGACGAAGGCGGCUUUAAGCGCCCGCCCGGCCCCGAUCGCGGUCAAGCAGGCGGCGGUGGCGGCGGCAGCAGCGUCCGACUGUGGUUGGGCGCGCUGAGCCCACCUCCUGCGGCCAGUUCCGGGGAUCCGCGCCCGCUCACCCCUGGCGCGCAGGGGCUCAAGAAUCACGGCAACACGUGUUUCCUGAACGCCGUGGUGCAGUGCCUGAGCCACACCGAGCUACUCGCCGCCUUCCUCCUGCUGGCUUUGCCCGACCAGCCAAGGCCAUCCAGACCUGGAUCGAAAGCCGCCUCCGGAGAGGUCACUCAGCACUUGGCAGCACUUGUACGCGCGCUCUGGACCCUCGAGUACACCCCGCAGCUCUCCGCAGACUUCAAGAAUGUUGUCUCUAAAUAUGGUGCACAGUUUCGUGGAAAUGCACAACAUGAUGCCCUGGAGUUCCUUUUGUGGUUGCUGGAUCGCAUGCAUGAAGAUCUGUGUUCUGUUUCUUUUAAUCAAAAACUAAAGAUGUCUGGAAAGCUAAUUGAUGUACUAGCAACUCAGUGCCUUGCCAAGAGGUCUCAGGUGCCGCAAAAUUAUUGUCGUGCUUUUAUUUCUGUGCUGCAAGAGAUUAAUGUAGCACUCCUUCUGGAAUGCAAAUGGCAGCCUGUCUUGCAUUGUGGAGAUCGUGAUGAUGAUGUUGUUGAUGAUGAUGAUGAUGAUAAU